AUGGGUAAGAGAAGUCGAGAGGAGGUUGAUUAUGGUGAUAAAAACAGCAGUGAAACAAACUUUAUUGCAUCUGACACUUCACCAUUACACUGUCCCUUUUGCUUCGUUGUAAUCUAUGGCUAUAAUGGAUUCCAAAAUCAUUUCCUUACAUUCCAUGAACAUCAAUGUAUAACUUGUGAAAAGAUAUUUCCAUCACGAUAUAUAUUGGAUUUACACAUUGAUGAAUAUCACAAUCCAUUCUUGCAACUACAAAGAGGCAAUAAAGAUGAUAAGCGUUGCGCUCUACGAUGUUUUUCUGAAAAUUGUAAAACAAUGUUUGCUUCAUCUGAUGCAAGAGUUGAUCAUUUAGUUAGUCAUCAUAACUAUCCAAAAACUUAUCCAUUCGGCAUUACAUCUCAAGGAAUAUCUCCCUCAACUAUCAACAACUAA